CCGCGAUCAGUCUUCUUUCGAGCGUCGCAGCGUGCACAUCGAGCCGUUCCUCCUCCACAACCGCCGCUCAACACGUUCAGAUACCGAUUCAGAUUCCGACUCCGAUCCAAUCCAGUUCGACUUAGUCUCGCAUCGUUAAGCGUGCGCGAGUGACGUGUUUGAUUUAAAAAUAUUGCAAGCGUUUUAAUUGAGGAGCAUCCGAAGCACCCGAGCAAGAUGACGGUGGAUCUAUCGCCCGUACAGGAGUACUACAAGGACAAGACGAUCUUCAUCACUGGAGCGUCUGGGUUCAUGGGCAAGGUGCUGCUGGAGAAGCUUCUCUACUCAUGUCACUCGCUCAAGGAGGUGAUCAUCAUUUGCCGCCCCAAGCGCGGCAAGACCCCGGAGACGCGCCUGGAGGAGAUGUUCAAGCUGCCCAUCUUCCAACGCAUCAAGGACGAGCGCCCGCACAUGCUCAAGAAGGUGACCAUCUAUCAGGGCGACGUGACCUUCGAUUUGCUGGGUCUGAGCGGUGACAGCCUAAAGCACGUGACCGAGAACACCAACAUCGUCUUUCAUAUGGCGGCCACUCUCAAGCUGGAGGGUAAUCUGCGCGACGCCGUCGACAUGAACCUGCUGGGCACUCGGCGCGCCCUCAAUGUGGCCAAGCAAAUGAAGCAACUGGAGGCUUUCAUCCACCUGUCGACGGCAUUUUGCAACUGCGACCAAGAGGUGAUGUACGAGAAGGUGUACGAUUUCCCGCACAAGCCCGAGGACCUCAUGCGCCUGGCCGAGUGGAUGGACGUGAAGACCCUUGAUGCCAUCACGCCCGAUCUGCUGAAGCCGCACCCCAACACCUACACCUACUCGAAGCGGCUGGCGGAGCUGCUGGUGCGCGACCACUACGAGUCCAUGCCGGUGAUCAUCGCCCGCCCCAGCAUCGUAACGCCAGCGAUUUUUGAACCCCUGCCUGGCUGGGUGGACAACAUGAACGGGCCAACGGGCGUAUUGAUUGGCGCCGGCAAGGGAGUCAUCCGAUCCAUGAUCUGCAAUGGCGAACUCAAGUCCGAGGUCAUUCCGGUGGACAUUGCCAUCAACGGCCUGAUUUUGCUGCCCUACCACAGCAGUCUCUCGGAAAAGAGACCUCUGCAGAUCCCGGUGUACAACCUGACCGUGGAGGAUGAAAAGAAGCGCACUUGGAAGUGGAUCAUGGAAGUGGGCCGCGACCUGGGUCUGAAGUAUCCCUUCGAAGUCGGACUCUGGUAUCCCGACGGCAACAUAACCACUAGCAAGUUUUACCACACCCUUUGCAGCAUUUUGUUUAUGUGGCUGCCGGCCUACCUCAUCGACUUCCUGCUGCUGAUCUUCGGACAGCGUCGCUUCAUGAUCCGGGUGCAGACGAAGAUAGCGGUGGGUCUGGAGGUGCUGCAGUUCUUCACGACUCGCAACUGGGAUUUCAAGUCCACGCACUUUGAGCAGAUAUACAAGGAACUAGGCGCCGCCGAUCGGAAGAUUUUCCGGAUCAACACGGACGACGUCGAUGACUAUGAGUACAUGAAAGGUAGCAUUCUGGGGGGACGCCAGUACGUAAUGAAGGAACCGCUGACCUCCCUGCCCAAGUCCCGCAUCCAGUUAAGAUUCAUGUAUGUCCUGGAUCGCAUCUGCAAGACCUGCAUCCUCUCGGGUCUAGCCUAUUGGGUCUGCCUCAAACUGGGGAUAGUGGAUCUUGUGCGGAACGGAUUCUUGGCCAGCAAAUGAGAUCCCAAUCAGUCUUAUUCGUAAAUCAGGGCAAAUGUUUACAGGUGUUUUGUAUACGAAAUCAUACAUUGUACUCUAGCAUACGUACUUAUAUAUAAACACAAUUCAUGUUAAUUUCCAAAAUGUAAUUUUUUCAAGCAUUUUUACAUAACAAUAAAUAAAUCUCAGA